AUGAUCAAUGCAACCAUUUUAAAUGCAUUUUCCUUAUCGGGAUUAAAUGACAUGACAACAAAGCACAGAGCCACUCUUUUCUCUCUUGCCGUAUUGUGUUACAUUGUGAUUUUGCUUGUAAAUGGUUCUCUUAUUGUUCUUAUCAUAUUGGACGAAAAACUUCAUGAACCCAUGUACAUUUUUCUGGGUAAUUUGUGCAUUAAUAGUCUUUAUGGGACAGCGGCCUUUUACCCCAAAUUCCUUUCUGAUCUAUUGUCUAACACUCAUGUCAUAUCUUAUACAGGCUGUCUGUUGCAGGUGUUUGUUAUAUACUCCUAUGCAGCAACUGAUUUUUCUGUUCUGACCCUAAUGGCCUAUGACAGGUAUGUGGCUAUAUGUCGACCACUGGAGUAUCACUCUGUUAUGACUAAACAUAGGGCUGUGUUGUUGGUGUUCUUCUCCAGACUUGUACCUUUGCUCUGUCAGACUGUUGUAAUGACAAUGACCUCCACAGUGGAAUUAUGUGGCUCCCACAUAGAAAAACUUUAUUGUGACAACUGGUCAAUCCUUAAACUUUCCUGCAGUUCAAUAACAACAAAUAAUAUUGUUGGAUUUAUCAUGAUAUUUUUCUAUUUUGGGCAUGACCUUUUCAUUGUGUGCUCAUAUGUGCAGUUGGUAAAAUCUGCUUUAAAGUCAAGAGAGUGCAGAAGAAAGUUCAUGCAGACAUGUGUGCCACAUUUAUUAUGUUUGCUUACCAUCAGUGUUGCUCUGCUUUUUGACCUCAUGUAUGCUAGAUAUGGUUCAAGCUCUGUAUCACAGAGUGUAAAGGACUUCAUGGGCAUACAAUUUCUCAUGAUUCCUCCUGUUCUCAACCCUAUUAUUUAUGGACUUCAACUGACUCAAGUUCGCAACAGUUUAUUAAGUUUGUGUAAAGUCAGCAAACAGGUUAAAGGAUUGGGCUGA